CCGAGAGAGCGUUUCAGGUCUAAAAAGUGGCCGUGGUCACUCGAUUUUGACCAAUCACUGACUUAAACACCAUGCUACUGGAUUGAGCAAUCAACUCGCGUAUGAAAGAAUGCCACAGGCAAACCCAAAUGUUCUAUGUACUGACCUAAAAUACGCUAUCAAGUGGAAUCUCAAAUCCACCUAAGAUAAAUAUCAAGUAAAUGUAAUGACAGCGGGGUGCAUGGUACUGAGCAGCGUGAAGUAACUUUCCUGAAUCAUGUUCAGAUAAACUUGUACACGAAGUUAAUGGAAACCGGGAAGGCGGUAUCCUGGAAUGCUUCAUCAAGGUGCAGGAGACUUUUUGUAGAACGCCCGCUAUACGCUCUGUCCAGGCAACUGUGAAUUGGAUCGUUCCCAAGCACUUGUGCCACAUGAACCAGAAACAGAUCCUGUCUUUAUCUCUGUAAAAUCCGUCAGCUUCGGCCUCCUGCAGCGCUGGUAUGGAGGUUUUAGGUUUUAGGUUCUAUGCGAUUUUUGUUGUUGUUGCUGAUUGAAUUUCGUUCUGUACAAACUGGAGACAAGAGUCAGGGCAAACGAACAUGAUCACCAUAGCAGGCACUCAAAGGACAGGUUUUUUGUCAUUUUUUCAAUCAUCUCCCACAAGGUCUACUCAUUCAACAAAUUCGUUUCAUCCACAAGCGGCAGGGUUAUCGCGUCGGACCCCCAAUAUAACAUCAGCUCUGUUCGUUCCAUCUCGCGAUCAACGCCGCCAGUGCGAAUGCCAUGACUUGUUCAAAGAGAUUGUGCCCUAUGUCGAGGCUUGGAGGUGGCAAAAAGAAACAGUUGAGCGGAUAUCUGCAUCAGUCGCCAGGGGUGAGGAGCCUCCGAACUCAGUUGUCUUGCUCCAACAUUCUCCUGUAUACACCAUGGGAACUCGAAGCUCUGAUGCUUAUUUGCGUUUUGACAAGAACCAUCCACCCUUCGAGCUUCAUCAGACCGAACGAGGUGGUGAGGUCACAUAUCAUGGACCUGGCCAGCUAGUCAUGUAUCCAAUAGUCAAUUUGCGGCAACAAAAGAUGGAUCUACACUGGUACUUGCGGAUGUUGGAGGAGGUUGUGAUUCGUGCUCUGUGGUCCUCAUUUAGUCUUCGAGCUUCACGCGUAGAUGGGUUAACUGGGGUUUGGAUCGGUGAUUUCAAAGUUGCGGCUAUAGGCGUACGUGUCUCACGAUGGAUCACAUAUCAUGGCCUCGCUUUAAAUGUAAGCACCGAUCUUGCCCCUUUCGAGCGUAUCGUUCCGUGUGGUAUAGCCGAUCGACCAGUUGGGAGUGUUAAACAGCUUCUUCACGCUGCCAACUUGAUUUGUGCGCAAGAUACUGGACCAUCGAAAGUGAUUGAUAGCUAUAGUUCAUGGGUCAUGGAAGAUGCCGCGAUCCUAGACCAAGUGCAUCAGUCCUUACUAGUUGAGUUUGCAGAAGUCUUUCAGAUGGAUUUGGUAGCUCCAUUCAACAAGGGUCCAAUGACUAAGUAUGCCACUAAACAAGAGAAGUAUUAAUGAACUUUUCAUUGUCGGAUGUUUCCCGUCCAUAAGUUUUUGGAUGCGGUCUUUUUGAGUACAUGGUACUUUGAUCCGUAUACGGAAAUGGAAAUCGAUACCCUAGUAUCAUGAAAUAUGCCACUGAGCGCUACAAAUUAGCCACGACUCACGAUUGUGAGCGCAAACUCGACCGAUAAUUAUUCAUGUGAAUGCAGAACUUUGACCUUGUAUGGCAUAAGAUGCCCGAGGAAAUUGAGUUUGAGGAAAAGGGAUGUUCUAUUAAAAUACA